AUGGCUUUACCAGGCGAUCACAGUGCCACAAUGUGCUCUCUCAGCGCAGCCAAUGCCAAGUUCUGUCUUGACUUUUUCAGAGAGCUGAGCAAAAUAAAAAGAAAUGAAAACAUCUUCUUCUCCCCACUAAGUCUUUCAGCCACCUUUGGGAUGGUUGUCCUUGGAGCCAGGGGCAACACACUGAAACAGAUUGAGAAGUGCGAAGAAGGUGGAGGAGUCCAUUCCCAGUUCCAGGCUCUGUUAGCUGCAGUCAGUGAACCCAGACCAGGCUGCUCUCUCACCAUUGCCAACAGGCUCUUCGGAGAAAUUACUUAUCCGUUCUUCCAGCAAUACUUGGAUUCCACAAAGAAAUUCUAUCGAGCAGAACUGGAAGCAGUCAAUUUUAAAUACACUGAAGAAGCAGCCAGGGAGAAGAUUAACUUCUGGGUGGAAAAUGAGACAAAAGGUAAAAUCAAAGACCUAUUUGCUGCUGGGUUUAUUGAUCCCUCCACUGUACUUGUCCUGGUCAAUGCUAUAUAUUUUAAAGGAAAGUGGGCAGUAGAAUUUAAGAAAGAAGACACUAAUGAAACGUAUUUCCAACUGAACAAGAACGAGAAAAAGACAGUGCAGAUGAUGUUUCAAGAAGGUUAUUUUAACAUGGCGAUCAUAGAGGAAGUAAAAAUGAAAGUGAUAGAGCUCCCAUACUUUACGAAUGAACUGAGCAUGUUCAUUCUUCUUCCUGAAGUUGUCUGUGAGGACUUUACUGGCCUAGAACAGCUUGAAUGCACCCUCACGUAUGAAAAACUAGCAGAUUGGACCAGCUCGGCUAGGAUGCAACAGCUGAGAGUGAAGGUGUACCUGCCCCAGUUCAAGAUGGAGGAAAGUUAUGUUCUCAACAAAACUCUCCAGGAGAUGGGAGUGAUGAAUGUUUUUGACUGGGGAAAAGCUGAUUUGUCAGGAAUCUCUAGGAAAGAUGGUUUAGUUGUGUCCAAGGCCAUCCAGAAGUCAUUUGUGGAAGUCAAUGAAGAGGGCACUGAAGCAGGUGGUGCCAUGGGACUUGUUGUGCUACCUCUGUGUCGCCCAAUUUCUUAUGAGUUCAAAGCUGACCAUCCAUUCCUCUUCUUCAUCAGACACAACCCAACCAAUACCAUUCUCUUCUUUGGAAGAUACUCCUCCCCUUAA